AUUCUGAGAUUCUCAGUCUCUUUUUAUUUUUGAUUCUACGAUGAGCUGGAAAGCAAGCCUUCCUCGCGUUGUUCGUGAGCUUCGCAUUCACCUUUGCCAGACGUCGCCCAGCUCGCAAGGCGCACGGGACUUUGUGACCAAGCAGUACGCCGAGCUCAAGCAGGCGCAUCCGACGCUGCCGAUCCUGGUCCGCGAGGCUGCUGGCAUUGAGCCCAGGGUAUACGCUCGCUAUGCGUUCGGACAAGAGGCAAAAGCCGAUCUCUCCAACCUAACCUCACAGCAAGUUCUGGACUCCAUCCAAGGACUCUACCAACACGGCGAGAAGCUGGCCACUCAAGCCAAGGCAAACUAAAACCAGGACAAAUGUUCUUUUUGUGCUGUUUUUACAUUUGCUUCCAUCGGUGCAGCGUGCUGCGCUUUCCGCCCGUCGUGCCGUUUCCCCCAAUACAUUCAUUUCUGUGUCC